AUGGGAGAAAGAAACUUGUUUGAAAUGGAUAGUACAGGGGAUUACUAUACAUGGUCAAACAAACAUGUGGAAGGAACCAUAUACUCCAGAAUAGACAGAGUCUUGGAUAAUGUAGAAUGGUUUCAAAAUAAUAUCAAUACUUCCUUGCAAGUUCUUCCCCCAAGUGUCUCAGACCAUGGAUUAUUGUUUUUGCAGAACCAGGAACCUCAGUAUCCUAAAAAGCCAAGGUUUAAAUAUCUAAACUGUGUCACAGAUGUGGAAGGGUAUGAGCAAAAGGUUAUUAACAAUUGGAAUGAACCUAUAGUGGGCAGACCUAUGUAUGUUCUUUGGCAGAAGUUAAGAAGAUUGCAUCCUAUCCUCAAGAAGCUAAAUAAACCCCUUGUUCUUGCUGAUCAGAACAUCAAAAAAGCUGGAGAUAAUAUGGAUAAAACUCAGAAGGAUCUUGUGAAUGACAGAUUAAAUAUCAGCAAGAUUAAUGAGGUGAAGAGAUUAACUGAAGAGCUGGUUAAAUGGCAGGAGAUUGAUGAGAAAGUCAUGAACCAAAGGGCCAAGAUAGAGUGGUUAAAAAAGUGGGAUGGAAACAAUUCUUUCUUUUAUGCUACUAUUAAAGGUAAGUAUCAUUCCAAAAAUAUUAAAUCUCUCCAUAAAGACAAUGGUGAUAUUAUUACAUCUAUACAUGGCAUAGAGGAUGAAAUAUUACAUUUUUAUGGAGGAUUGAUGGGCAAAAAAGCUGAUAUAUUGACUUACAUAGAUGUGGGGGCUAUGAGAAAUGGCAGUCAAUUAUCUAGGGUGCAAAGAGAGGGGCUGAUUAGACUUGUGACUGAAACAGAAAAACAUAAUGCACUUAAGGGGAUAAAUGACUUAAAGGCACCUGGUCUUGAUGGCUAUGGAGCACAUUUUUUCAAGCAUAGCUGGAGUAUCAUCAAGACUGAUUUAAUAGUGCCCUUAAUAUUAACUGCUAGACUUGGACAGGUUAUUGGUAGCAUAGUUCAAUAUAAUCAAGCAGCCUUCAUUCCAGGACAACAAAUCCACAAUCAUAUUCUUUUGGCUUUUGAACCGUUGAAGGGUUACACUAGGAAAGGAGGCACACCUUGUUGCAUGAUCAUGAUAGAUUUGCAGAAGGCGUGUGAUAUGGUGGACUGGACAGCUUUAGAAUGCAUUACGCAAGAAGUUGGCUUACCACAUCAGUUCAUUAAGUGGAUCAUGCUCACUGUUAGCACGGUCUCUUAUCGAUUUAACAUCAAUGGGGAGCUGUCUAAAACCUUAAAAGCCAAGAGAGGCAUAAGAGGAGAUCUCAGAUCUGUAAAGCUUUUAUUGCAGGCUUUCAAUAGUUUUAUUAUGUCUACUAGUAUGAAGAUUAAUCCCAGCAAAUGUAGAAUUUACUUUGGCAGUGUGGAUGCAGGUACUAAAGAAGCUAUCUUGCAGCAUACAAAGUUUAGUGAAGGUACCCUUCCUUUCAAAUAUUUUGGUACUCCCCUUACUUGCAAGAAGUUGUCCAUUAGUCACUAUUUGGUGCUUGUGGAGAAGAUACAGGCUGAUAGCCUUUGGGUGAAAUGGGUUCACACUUAUUACUUCAAAGGAAGAAAUCUGAUGGAGGCAAAAAUCAACAAUGGCAGCACUUGGAUUUUUAAGAAGAUCAUGCAGCAGAGAGAAUCUAUCAGCACUAUACAAAAUAGCUGGGACCAAAUGUGCAACAAUGGGAAAUUUCAAAUGAAGAUUGUAUACAAAAAAAUGAGAGUGAUGGAACCUAAAGUACCUUGGUAUAGAUUGAUAUAUAAAAAUGCUGGUAGACCUCAUGCAGUGCUCACACUUUGGAUGGUUUGUCAUAGGAAACUUGCCACAAAGGAUAGAUUAAGGAAGUUUGAUAUGUUGGCUGACAGCACAUGUGCGUUUUGCAGCAAGGAGGAGAAUAUUGACCAUUUGUUAUUUGAUUGUGACACUAUGAAAGAGAUUUGGAAUCAUGUACUACAUUGGAUUCAUAGACAUCACCAACCUAAACCAUGGAAGGAGGAGUUGGAAUGGCUGAUUCAACAAAUUAAAGGCAAGGGUUGGAAUGUGGAGUUACUCAAAUUAGCUGCAGCAGAAGCUGUUUAUGGUGCUUGGAGGUUUCGCAAUGACACGUGCUUUGGAAAUCACUGUGAUAGAAUUAAAAUUAGAAAUUAUAUCAUUGAUAACAUUGUUUAUAGGGGAUGGUGUAAUAGGAAACUUAGACCUCAUAGCUAG